AUGACUGCCCCACUAGCUCUACAGCGCAGUCCAAACCACAGGGACAGACUUCGAAAACUAGCAGGACACAAAUCUGUGUGUCUGUUGAGGCUGAAGAUGUGUAUGGAAACCCUGUGUGGACUGGAGUGGUACUUCUUUGCUGCUGUGGGCAUCUUGACAGCUCUGCUCAGUGUACUCAUGGACCUCAGUGUGACAAAGAUCAUCACAGCACAUCAUCGGGUCUACCUGAAUCUGGAAGGAAGUGUCCUCCUCCAAUUCCUGUGCUGGACUCUUUACCCAGCAUGCCUCUGUGCUGUGGCCUCCUGGCUCUCUCAUUACGUCUGUCCCUUUUCCACAGGCUCGGGAAUACCAGAAGUGCGUACUAUGUUGGCGGGUUUUGAAGUGCCGCACUACCUGUCCGUUACCAACAUGUUCACCAAGUGUCUGGGUCUGGUGUGUACCCUGUCUGGGGGCAGCACUGUUUUCCUGGGCAAAGUGGGCCCCUUUGUGCAUGUGUCCACUAUGAUGGGAGCGUAUCUGAGCCGCCUGCACACUCACAUUCAAGGCCAAAACAAGGAGGAUGCUGGAGAUCAGAUGAUGGUGGUGUCAACUGCGGUGGGCGUGGCCAGUUGUUUUGGAGCUCCCAUCAGUGGUGUGCUGUUCAGCAUUGAGGUGGCGUGCUCUCUCUUUCCCCUCAAACAUUACCUGCCCUGUUUCCUGGCGGCAUCCUGUGGAGCUCUGACCUUCCGGCUGUUUGCUGUGUGGAGCGGAGAGGAAGAGACUCUACAGACUAUGUUCAAAACAAACUUCUCCACAAAGUUGCCAUUCUACCCACUGGAAAUCCUGAUUUUUGUCUUUCUUGGAUUGCUCUGUGGAGCAGUGAGCUGUCUCUACCUCUGUUGCCAUCGUCGGCUCCUGCGUUACACCAGAACUAUGCCUGUCUUGAUCAGGAUGCUAACGACAGAGAAAGUGCUAUAUUCUGCGGGGGUGGGCUUCCUCCUGGCCUGUGUCACCUUCCCUCACUUUGCUGGACAGUUCAUGGCCUCAAAGUGCACAAUGAAGCAGAUCCUCACCUCUCUUCUGCACUCUAAGUCUUGGCUGUCCCCAUCCCAGAAUGCAUCAGUUUUGGAGCUGGCGCCCUGUGUGGACUGGACCUCCUCAGUGCUCCCUGUACCCCUGCCUCUAAUCAUCUUCCUGCUCCUCAAAUUGUGGAUGCUACUGCUAGCCUGUACCCUGCCCAUACCAGCGGGAUACUUCAUGCCGGUCUUUAUCUACGGUGCAGCAGUGGGAAGGCUGGUUGGAGAAAGUCUAGCCUACGUGACGUCAGGCUCAAACUGGACUGCAGUGAAUCCAGGAGGCUACGCUCUGGCAGGUGCUGCAGCCUUCUCCGGAGCUUGCACUCAGAGCCUGUCCCCUGCCCUCUCGGCCAUGGAGCUGACAGGACAGUUCUCUCACACUGGGCCCAUUUUUAUCUCCACUCUGAUCGCCAACAUGGUGUCUCGGGCAGGGCAGCGACCAUCUUUUUAUGAUAACCUGUCCAUCAGCAAGAGACUUCCCCACCUGCCUUCGCUGAAGAGGGUCUCUCCCAGGCUGGCGCUCACCCCUCUUGGACAGCUGCUGAGGGCUCCGUCAGUCCUGCUCCAGAAGGCAGCCAGACAGGCAGAGGUCCAGACUGCUGUCAGCACCAGCUCUCAGGCUGACGUCCCUGUGGUGGACUCUGAUGAGACGCUGUUUUUACUUGGAUACAUACCCCGCUCUGAGCUGAUAGAGUUUAUCGUUGACGACCAGGUAAAGAAUCUGGGGAGAUGUCUGGAAGAAGUGUGCUGUGUUCAUUAUCCCUCCAUCCUGUUGUCAUCUCACAGCACUGUUCAGCAGGCAUAUACAGUCUUGAGUGUGAGCAGAGAACAAACCUUGUUUGUGACUGAUGGAGGAAAACUGAGAGGAGCUAUAACAUGGCCAGAGUUGAAGAGGAUGCUGGAGGACCUGGCCCAAGACAUCUGAAAGCAGGAAAUGAAGAUGUUCCCUCUGAUCAAACAUGGCCUGCUCUAGGUCUAAUUAGCGUGUAGUGUAGUACCAGCAGCAUGUCCCUGUGAGCAAAACAAACAAACCCCUUGUUCUCCUUCAUCACGACCCAUUGUCUUCUGCUGCUGUUGUGAUUAUCAGGUCAUUGUUUCUGAGUAGAUAAGUACUAUAUAUCCACCCAUGGCUGCAGAUAUUAACAGAGUGCACUCAGAUAGAAGGUAAA